AAAUAAAUACGAACAGUCUGGCAGCACGUAUUUCACAGCUCCGUGACUGCAUCGAAAUAAGAUAUCGAUAGAUAAAUGCUUAUUCGUCAUUGCAAUUGAGAAAAUGAAAACAGCUAAGCUACGAUAAAGAUAUAUUGCUAUAUUUUAGAGAUUACCUUCAUACAUUAUAAAGAGCGUUUAUUAACAGACUCACUAUGGACACGACAAAAAGUGUAAAAAAUUCAUCAAAUUCCUUAGCUAGUACCAGUUCAAAUUCCAGUGACAAAAUGAACUGCGCAUUGCAAGUGGCAUUGCAGACAAUGAAAGAGCGCUGCAUACAAUUGCAACGACGUGUUUCCAACAUGGAGGAGGAAAAUCAACGCUUGCGUGAGGGUACUCAGGGCUCAGCAGCCGUCGCCAAUAGCAAUACUCUUGAGAACACAGAUAGCAGUAAUGAUGUUCUAUCGCUACGUUCGCAAUUGCAUGAAUUACAGCGCCAAAAGGAACAGCUGGAGGAUCAAAUUAGCAUGGUGUCUAAUGAGAAUCGCAGACUUUGGUCGCAUCUAUCAAAAAUUUCCAAAGACCAGCAACACGAAAUGAAAGACGAUGAAGUAGCCAUUCCUGCACAUGCUCGAAGCACAGGGAAAGUUUCAAUUGGUGCCAAUCAGAACCUCAUUCGUUCUAAGACAUUUACUCAGCACUCGCCAAAUCCACACCUACGUCAGAAGAUGAAAACAGAGGUCAGUUUAGAGGAGAUCCCACUGGACGAAUUUGAUGCUAGCGAGGUAGAAUUGGGAUAUCCAUGUGGACUGAAUGUGGACGACCCUAGCACUGUCAAUGAACUAGAUACCAAUGUCGAUGCAAAGCAGUGUAUGGAAGGCUUGCAGGAUCUGCGCCGUGAAGCAAUGAAGCAACAGCAAGAGCUUAAUUCUGCCCUUUCACAGCUGGAGACUCGUAUUGCGGUGCAUCCGUGUCCGGAGUGUGUUCGCAAGGCUGCCAACAAGCCGGAAAUGGCUGAUAAAAGCUUAGAGACUGAAGAUCCCACAGAGCCCAAGCGAUACAGCAACAAUGAGCACACAAUAAGCCAAGUGCUCGACACAACCAAUGGGCAUACAACAGCAGUGUUGCCCGCUCCCCGCCUAAACUUCAUACAAGAAAAGCUUAAGGCUGAUGCCAUCGACAAAACGUGCCCCAUGUGCGGCAAGUUGUACACUAGCCAAGUUUCAUUCAAAGCGUUUCAGGAACAUGUCGAAAUGCACUUCAUUGACGAGACGCUUGAUGUGGAUGCAAGCAUGGAGCGACAGUUCGAGUUCGUUUCUCAUGCAGUCGGUGAUUUCUGACCCAACAAACUUAUUUACUUUGCAACAGAGCUUUAACAGCAACAAAUAUAAUUUGUUUCACUAGCAAUGCAUUGUUAAUGUUAUUGCAGUUAAGCAGCAGUUAGUAAUUUGAUAAUGAAAAUUGUAUAGACUAAG